CGUAGGUGCGCAUCCCUCAGCAGGUGCGCUCGUGCCGUCACUUUAGAAACAACUGCCAGGAAGAGACAGAUUUCCACAUCUAGCGCUUGUUUAGACGCGGUUUUAAAUCGAUUUUAGUCGGUUGUUUUAUGGUGUUUAUGGUCGGUUUUAGCAGCGAGGGUUGAUUUUAGGAGUUACGGGGUGAAACGGGUGGAGGUCGAGGCGGGAACAUGGGCAAAAAACAGGAGGAGAGUCCGGACUCCGAGUACGGAGAACCUGCUCAGUUUGACCCAACCUUCAAUGGACCCAUAAAGAAAAGAGGGUGUACAGAUAUAAUCUGCUGCGCUCUGUUUAUGGCCGUCAUCCUCGGCUACAUAGGGGUUGGAGUUUUAGCUUGGGUUUACGGUGAUCCGAGACACGUUCUUUAUCCCAGAAACUCCACCGGGUGGUUCUGCGGCAUCGGACAAAAUAAAGACAAACCCAACCUUUUCUACUUUGAUUUUCUAAAAUGUGCCACAUCCAUAAAUAUAAUGGCAACAGCUCUGAACGGGCUGCAGUGCCCGACCACACAGAUCUGUGUCCAACAGUGCCCAACUCGGUUCUGGGCUGUCCCGGUACAGGACUACAUCUCAGGUUCACCCCAGCGCGUGUUUGACUCUAACCUGUGUAUCCCCUCUUUUGACCUGGCAACAACUCGUUUGAGCGUUCGAGAUAUAGUGAACCAAGAACUGUGUCCUUUCUUCUACACCCCUACGAUCUCAGUGUUGGGCAGAUGUUUGCCGGAUGCCUCGAAACUUGGCAGUAUCCCUGGGAAUUUUUCCAACGUUCCUGGAUUACCCUCCUCUGUCAACGAGACAGUCAACCUCCUCAAAAACGGCACAGGAGACGUCGUGAACGGCUUCAACGCCAGAGACGUUGGUGUUCGGAUCUUUGAGGACUUUGCCUCAUCGUGGCCGUGGAUCAUCGUUGGGCUGGUGAUAGCCAUGCUGGUCAGUUUGUUGUUCCUGCUGCUGCUGAGGUUCACGGCUCCUAUAAUGAUCUGGGUGCUCAUCGUCGGGCUCCUGGGGGCCGGCGCUUACGGGAUUUAUCACUGCUACUGGGAAUAUGCUAACUACAAACAGCAGAAUGCUUCCAUCAGCACGGUCGGCCUCACCACAAACCUCCAGGUCUAUCUGCAAGUCCAGGAGACCUGGCUGGCCUUUUUGAUAAUCAUAUCUGUGGCAGAGGCCAUCAUCCUCCUGACCCUCAUCUUCCUCAGAACCAGGAUCCUGAUAGCCAUCGCUCUCAUUCAGGAGUCCAGCAAAGCGAUUGGUUACAUGAUGUCAGCGCUCUUCUACCCUCUGAUCACCUUUGUUCUGCUGCUGGUGUGUGUGACCUACUGGGGAGCCACAGCUCUAUAUUUGGCCACUUCAGGAGCUCCCAUCUAUAAGGUGGUUGCUCUCAAUUCCACCUUAAGCGGCUGUAAGGCGAUUAACGGCACCGCUGACUGUGACCCCCAGAACUUCAACUCAUCGAGCUACGCAGACUGUCCAUCUGCCAGCUGCAUCUUCAUCAAAUACAACAACCAAGGUCUCUUCCAGAGGAACAUCUUCAACCUGCAGAUCUACAACGCCAUCGCUUUUCUCUGGUGUGCCAACUUUGUCAUCGCCCUCGGUCAGUGCACGCUGGCGGGGGCCUUCGCCUCCUACUACUGGGCCUUCUCCAAACCAGGCGACAUCCCCAUGUUUCCUGUGUGUGCCAGCUUCAUGCGCUCCAUCAGGUUCCAUGUAGGAUCGCUGGCGUUUGGGGCUUUAAUCCUGACUGUGGUGCAGAUAGUCAGGAUCAUCCUGGAGUACAUUGAUCACAAGACCAGAUCGGCGCAGAACCCAUGUGCACGAUUCCUGAUCUGCUGCCUUAAGUGCUGCUUCUGGUGUCUGGAGAAGUUCAUCAAGUUCAUCAACCGGAACGCUUACAUCAUGAUUGCCAUUUAUGGGAAAAACUUCUGCGUUUCGGCCAAGAACGCGUUCAAGCUGUUGAUGAGGAACGUGAUCAGGGUGGUGGUGCUGGAUAAAGUCACCGACCUGCUGCUGUUCUUCGGGAAGCUCCUGGUGGUUGGAGGAGUCGGCGUUUUGUCAUUUUUCUUCUUCUCUGGUCGGAUAGUGCUUCCAGGGAACACGUUCCACACUGAAACCCUAAACUACUACUGGAUGCCCAUUAUUACGGUGGUGUUCGGCAGCUACUUCAUCGCCCACGCCUUCUUCAGCGUAUACAACAUGUGUGUGGACACACUCUUUCUUUGCUUCUUGGAGGACUUGGAGCGUAACGACGGAUCAGCGGAGAAGCCGUACUUCAUGUCCAAAAACCUGAUGAAGAUCCUCAACAAAUCCAACAAGUCCUCAAAAUAGAGCCAAGGUCAAAGGUUAAGCACGGAGAGCUUGUUCCGGUUUUUAAAUCCCACAGCAGAGAAUCCGUAACAGUUUUAGGAUGUUGACUUUUUCUCCUUUUAAUGACAUAGUUCAUCUUUGUUUUCCUUCUAAAGAUGUUUACCUAAACAAAUGUUGCUUUUUUGCACUUUUUACUGUUCUGUUUGUGUAUUUAUGGUAUUGAACGUACACAAAUCUAUUCAGGAAAUCCUUUCUGAGUUUUCUUUUAGGAAGAUUUACUAACAGUUAAACAUCGAAUAGUUCAGCUCUGAAUGUCAAAGAAUCUGACGAAACUUCUUAAUGUGCCGUUUCACAUCUUUUGUAUGAAACCAAAGGAAAUGUUAAAGUCAUGCUUGAUUUUUUAGACACCAUUUGUAAAAAUUAGAUUUUAAGAGUAUAAUUUUAUAUAUAUUGUCAAUUUUAAUAAAGUUGUAAAUAUGAUAG